GGGACCCUGUCACGCCUCUCGGUGGCUGCUGGUCCCCGGCUGUGGUACAAACGGAAGAAACCGGAGGAGAGCAAACCCUCGGACGCCCGCGAGCGGCGCGGCCGCAGGGACCGGCGCAGUCGCAGUGAGCGUGCCGCCGAGCCGGACGGUGAGCUAGACUGGCUGGCGGACAUGGUGUACGCUCGAAGCAGCGCUGCGCCGCCGGAGGGCACGGUGGAGAGACGACUGCAGGUCCUCCGCCACCUGGCUGACCAGGAGGAGCGCUCAGAGCCGUCCCCGGCACCGGCACCAGCUCCGGCUACAGUUCCCACUCCGGCUCCGGCUCCGGCCUCCUCCCUGACGCCCGCAUCAGCCGAGUCUCCACUCCAGCGAUCGGUAUCGUCCACCAAACCUUCCGAGCCGCCCAAAAGCGACCCCGAGCCGUCACAGCCGCCGCUCCCGGCCAAGAACCGCAGUCCUCUGAGAAGUCUAUUCGGCCGCGAUCGCUCGCCGAAACAGUCCUCGUCUCGUGGUGACCCUUCCGCCGCCCGUCCGCGGUUCUCAAUGUUAGCCAACAUCAGUGCGCUGGAUCGUGAAGCCGCUCAGCUGAUCGAAGGGCGGGCCGAUCAAUCGGCUACUUUACCGUCACACUCGCACCUGGGCGGCGCUCUAGGCGGCGUUGAUGAUGAUUGUGGUGCACAAGGAGACGAUGGAACGCUGGUGGCGAGUGGGAAAUCUCACGCCGAAAUGGAGCGUGAGAAACGUGAGACGUGUCAGACGAUAGCGAUGCUGGUUAGGGAGAAGUUUGAGGAGAAGGGAGAGGAGACAGAGACUGAGAAGUGCUCAGCGCCGGUGAGUGGGGGAUCUCCGAAAGGAUCGGCGCUGGAAAGGGGAGCCGCUGGCGGUCCUGCAUCGAGCUCGCCUGAGGAAGCGAAGCAGGGUUUGAAGACGGAGAGAAGUAGAGUCUCGUGUGGUGCGUCGAGUGCAACAUCGGGUCUUAGUGAUAAGCCGAAGGAAAGUGCUGAAAAUAAGGCAAGUAAUACAAAGGUGCAGAAUGUUUCUAGCCCUGUAUCACUGCGCUCUGAUUCUGCAGCUCAGAAAAACAACAGUGUGACUCAGUCCCCAAAACAAGCAUCUCCCCCUUCGAAUGUCUCUCGAGGCAAAAUGGUGCGUCAAGAAAGCUACCCCGCCGACAGAAACCCAUUCGACGAAGGUCCUCAGCAAAGCGGGAAUCCCUUUGAAGACGCGGACGAGCCCGUGCCCAGGUCGAAACAGCACGGCGUUUAUGACAACGUCGUGCUGGCGCCAGUCCAGUCGACCAACCCGUUUGGCGAGGAUGAGUACCCGGACACGAUAAACCCGUUCGCAGAUGAUGUGGACGCAGAGAUUGAGCCGCCGGCGGCGGCGGCUGAGUUUGCUCCGUCCGCGCCGCGGCAUGAGGACAGUGCCGAGAGGUGUGUCAAACCAAACCAGUCUCCAGCAAAGGAUGAUAAAUUGGCAAAGACCGACCUUCAACCGGUGACAUCCAGCGGACGUGCAAAGUCUGACUCUCCUCGAGAAGCACGCCGAGGGGACCCCGAGCCGCCAGAGCCCGCCCCUCGGCUCAGUGUGCGUCAGGGAAGUGUUUCCGCCCAGGAAACCCCCCGUCCAGUGACGGUCUCGGCCGGAGGAGCCACUCCACAGCGAGACGGAGACAUCCCGACUCUGGUGCGCGACCUGAACCAGUUCCUGGACACGACCAUGCAAACUCUCAGCUCUCCGGGCGCCCAGAGGCGGCAGGCGGCGCUGGCUCGUGCGGAGGCGGCCUCUGUGCCCUCUGCCGGCUGGUCAUGUAGUCGGUGCACACUCAUCAACCGAGCGGUGUUGUCUGCCUGUCAGGCGUGCGGCUCGCGACGGCCCGGCGCGCCUGACUGGAGUGCCGAAAUGCAGCGCUACUUUGGCGGCAGCCCGCCGCAGCCGACGCCUCGAAAGGAGAGUCUGGGUGUCGUACAGGGCGGCGUGGCCCACCGUCUCGGCACGUUCCCCGGUCAGGGCUCUCUGGGAACACGGUCGUUGAGUCGGGAUAGCGCCUCGCCGCGUCGGGCGAUGCCUGCUCGAGGUGACCACCGCAGCCUGGAACUGGGUGAUGACGCAUUGAACGCCUGGGGUGGUGGUGGGAGGCCGACGGUGGAGAAAGAGGAGGGUAGCAAACGGCGCACGUCGAAUGGACCUGUGACCCUGGCCGGGAGUGUAUUUGGCUCGGCAGGUGCCGCGGCGAAGGAUCGGCAAGAAGCUACUAGUCGGAGAGCGGAACCGAAAGAAUCCCUCACUGCCGCCGACCGGCGCAGUUUCUUCAGUGAUUCUCGGGGUUCAGGGCCCACUCAGAGAGAAAAUCAACCCGAGCGAGCCGAGCCAGCCGUCAAGAAACGCCCCAACCUACCAUCGACGUUUGUGGCUCAGUUACUGCAGCGGGAGGCGUCUCAGGCAGCACCGUCUGCUGCUCCAACCUCGACAGAGUCUGCGUCUCGUCCGUCAACGAGUGAUGAGCCAGACAUGGAUGAAGUACGCCGCGCCCGACUGGCGUUCUUCGCUCAGCGGCAGGCGGCACGCGGCUCGCAGGAGCAGCAGGCCGCGGCGCCGACGCCCUCUGGAGAGGACAGUCACCGGUCCAGCUCUGCGUCGCUCUCUGCUGAUCCCACCGACGCUGACGAUGCUGACGAUGAAUCAGAGUCAGACUCGACAUCAGUGUCCGGUCACGUUCCACCCUCUGAGUGGCGGUCUUCGGAUGUGACUCCUGCCGCCGCAGCGACCACCACCCCUUCGACCGCCGGUCCGGCCACACCUGCCCCGCCGCCGUCCGCACCGCCUCUGGGUACUCUGGGACGCGCCUACAGCGCUGCUGAACCUUCACUACCAGCCAUCAAGGAAGCCUCUCCUUCUGACUACCUAGAGGAGACCCGUGGCGCGGCGCCGCCGCCGACCGUCCACGAGUAUGAGGACGUGGAGGUCGCCCCGCGUCCCUGGAAGCUCUCUCCGGCCGAGAAGGCUCGCCGCCGACCGGCGGGGAAACCCCAGUGGCGUGGCGACUCCCUGAUUGUGCCGGACGGUCGAGGAGGCCGUGUGCGCUGUGUGGUGGAGCGGGACUCAACUGCGCCUCAGUUUGUGAUCAGGGACGGCGUGUUGUACAGUCAGCUACCGACUCCGGCAGCGGUAGAGAGCCGUGCGCUGCCACCGCGAGACGCCGCUGCUCCGGCACCGGCACCCGCUUCGACAGAUUCGGCACCCCCACCGGAGCAACAACAAGAAAAGACAACGACGGCGACUACGGCGGCAACGGCGGCAGCGGGCGCAGAAGAGGAAGCAGUAGACCCGGCCGGCGCUACCUGCAACGGCCCCACAACCAGCUCGGCUCCCUUCCCCACAGAUGUCAGCACUGCCGCGGACAGCGGCGGCAGCGGUGGCGCUGCAGACCGUCCAGGGCGUCUGGAGUCCGACCAAGGCUGCUCAGACCUGAUGCUGGAGCUACAGCGCGCCAUAGACUGUGGCCAGCACAGGGAGGCGGCGGCGCUGGCCCGCCGGCUGGCGGCUCUGAAGGCAGAGAAAAGCCGACUGGCCAGCACGGUUAUAACAGUGAACCUAUUCGUCGAGGACCGCAAGUGUCACGUGGGCCCCAUUCCGCUCCGGCUGUCACCACUGAUGGCCGUACACGAGCUCAAAACGCAGAUUGAGCGCGACUAUGCUCUGCCGGUGUCGUGCCAGCGCUGGAUCCUGGACAGCCGGCUGGUGGAGCCAGAAGCCGAGCACCGCAGUCUGGUGGAGAGCGGGGUCGGAGACGGGUCGGCCGUGUACCUGUACCUCACCGUGCCGCCAGGGGCGGCCGACUUCUACCGGGACCGACCCAUCUCCACGGCAGCUCUGUUCCGCGCCACGCCGCCGCCCAGCGCCCCCGAGCCCGCCCCCGCCCCCGCCCCCGCCCGGGCCGCGGCGGGCGGCCGACAACCGUCGGCCAGCGGCGACGAGUUUCACGACGCCGACGAUGGCUCGGAAGGCGCUUCGACGGCGACGACGACGACAGCGGCAAAUAAAGCACGUGACGUCAAGCGAAGUUCCGUCGCGGACGUUGCACCGAGUCCCUCAAAGGGAGAGACUGUUGAGAAUGGGGUCCAAACCCGGAGUCGGCUCUCUGGCGUGCCGAACGGUGUGGACGCGGAGGCGUGCGUGAGUGAUGUGACAUCUACCGUUGGAGAUGGGAAACAGAAGUGCUGUGAUGCGACCGAAGGGCCGCGCGCGUUGCCGAUGGAAAGGCGAACCGAUUCGGAGGUGCCGCCGCCGCUGCCUGCCAAGAGGCGCCAGCUGACGGGCGUGACGUCACCGCCGGGCUCGCUGCAGCGGCGCACAGGUGCGGACGCCCAGCUGGAUAAAGAGCGGGAUCCCAGCUCUGCACCAGGUGGCGGCUUCACUCAGCAGACCCUAGCCCGCGAGCGCUCCCCACCAACCGGCACCGUACCCUCCUUGCCAGCGUUCUCCCCUCCCCUCCCUACCACUCCAGACCCUUCAACCGCUGUGGGUUCGACACAUACUGCCGAGACUGGAUCCACGGUAGAACAGAACGGUCUACUGACGGUGCGGGAUGGAGCCUCUCCUCCGCCACCACUGCCUGCCAAACAGCGCUCCCCGAGCUCCCUGAGGCGGCGUGACACGGUGGAGAAAGCAAGGAAUGGCAUCGACCAGCUGACAGCGGGGCAUGUGUCAUCGAGACAGGUGUCAUCAAGUCAGGUGUCAUCAGGACAGUCGUCAUCGGGACAGGUGUCAUCAGGACAGUCGUCAUCAGGACAGUCGCCUGCCAGACGCGUAUAUCCGGAGCCAGGUGGCGCGUCGCUCAAGCUACCGGGCAUCGCCGCGCUGGUACUACGAGAGGACGGAACGCCCAUGAAUGCUAUGCCGACGGGAAGCGGGGCUAGGACGGCAGACGUGACAGUGUCGUCUAUGCAGGGUGCAACUGCGCCCUCCAUGGCGGUGCCUGGAACGAGGACGGAAGGUGAUUUUGGGGACAGGAAAGGUCCCAGCGGAUCUCGCCCAUUUCAGAUGACGAAUGGUGUAGCGUAUGGUGACCGAGGACCGGUAGGUAGCCAGAAUUCGAAACUGGCCGCCGUUAAAACCUCGACUAUUCAAUCGUCUAUGAAAUCUGAUUUGUCACCAUUUACAACGCAGAAGGCUAUUACGGGUCUGGGUGAUCGCACCAGUGCCUACAUUUCUCCCAUUUCGUCGACCGCUUAUCUUGAUUCUAACGAUACUUACAGUAGUCCACCAACCUCACCCGCGCCAUCCACAUCUUCCACUGCCUUUGCCACGUCCUCAUCCCCCUCAGCAUCCACAUUUCCUGCCUCCACUCCCGUCCCCGCCAGUCGGAACACAGCUGACUCCGUUGCGACAGUGAUGACGGCCAUAGUGCCUGAUAUGCACUCCGAACCAAUGAAGGCCAUAUCAAUGGCCGCCUGCACAGCUGUGAAGGUGACCAGUCCCCCAGCUACACUGAUGGCGCCAGGUGUGGCUGAAGUUACAGGACAGUCGAAGGUGGCGUCUGACGUCGCAGUGAAGCCAAAGGCUGCUAUAUCGGAUGUCAAGACUCAGUCAAAGUCGGUGGAACCACCCCAUGGAACUGUUCCUCAGCAUAAUAAUUGUGGCGUCAGGGAAACUGCAUCAGUGGAAGGGAAGAAACAUGCGGGUGAAUCGUUAGCUGGAAAACAAUCACCAGAGGAAGCUUCGGCGAUAAAUGGUAUGCUGUAUGGAUCGGAGAAGGUUUUGGCAACGAAGGCAGAGUCAUUCAGGAGCUCUGAUGUACUACAGAGUCCUGGUUUAGUGAGAAGCGUAGUGAGCAGUGUCACGGGUAAGGUAUCUACUGAUGCCUCUUCUACUGCCAAGGAAGAGAAUGUUGCUACUGCUGCUAGCAAUGCCGAGAAGGCCGGCAGUACAUCCCCUCUGAAUGUUGCUAUUCCCGACAAGAAAACGCCAGUCCCGAGUGGUAAAGUAGCCUCUCCGGUCUCCCGCGUCCCAGUUGCGACUUCUCGGUUAGCGAACUCUUUUGGGAAGAAGGCAGAACCUUCUACCGCCUCCAAAGAGGUGGAUGUUAGACCCAAGACGCCAUUUUCCACUGCCAAAGCUACUGGCUCGCCAGCAAAGACGACAGCGAUCUCAAAAACCGUCGCCGUUACCAAGAAUUCAUCACCAGCUGCUAAAACGGGCACAGACGCCUCCCGAUCUCCAUCAAGUUCUUCAGCAUCGUCAUCAGGUGUUGAAACAGCAAACGCUAAACCCACCACAACGACCGUCCAGGCUUCAUCCUAUUCCAAAACCACCACACCCACCACCAAGACCUCGCCUCAAGUCACCAGGACGACAGGAGUCAGCUCUAAGUCCUCGCCGACGGCCAGCCGCCGAGCGGGGGCGGGGGCGGCGGCGGCGGCUCGGGCGGUACGCCGUCAGUCUUCCGGCUCUGUCCUGGAGAAGGUGGCGCUCUUCUCCUGUGGAGGCGGAACUGCAAGCGGAAGCGGAAGCGGAGGCGGUGGCGGAGCUACAAGCGGAAGCGGGAAGACAGCGCCUUCCGCCGGUGCGGUACCCAACUCCAACUACGCGGCACAUCUGGAGGCAAUGCGGCAGCAGCUGGUGCCGAACGCCGAGCGGUUCGAGUGUCCGGUCUGUAUGCUGGACGUGGAGCCGACGGCCGGCGUGGUGCUGAGGGAGUGUCUGCAUACGUUCUGCAGGGAAUGUCUGGAGGGCACAGUGACCCACAGCGACACAGCAGAGGUCAAAUGUCCCUACAUGAGCUCGGAAUAUAGCUGCCAGAGUCUUCUACUGGAGAUCGAGAUCAAAGCGCUGGUGAGUCCGGCUGAGUACGAGCGUCAUCUGGCCCGCUCUCUGAACCACGCCAAGGCCAACGCGUCCGACUCGUUCCACUGCCGCUCCCCCAACUGCACCGGCUGGUGCGUGUUCGAGGACAACGUCAACGUCUUCAACUGCCCCGUGUGCCGGCGACCCAACUGUCUGACGUGCAGGGCCAUUCACGAGGACUGUGACUGUAAGACGUACCAGCGGCGACUGCAGGAUGAAGCCGAGACCAGUGAGGACGCCAAAAAGACACAGCAGUAUCUCGAUGACAUGGUAUCCCGUGGUGACGCGCUGCGCUGUCCCAUCUGUGACGUCAUUCUGAUGAAGAAGUGGGGUUGUGACUGGGUGCGAUGCUCCAUGUGCAAAAACGAGGUGUGCUGGAUCACGGCCCAGCCACGCUGGGGACCUGGGGGCAAAGGAGACAUUUCUGGCGGAUGCAAAUGUGGUGUGAACGGAAAGAAAUGCCACCCGAAAUGUGUUUACUGCCACUGAGCCAAGGCACUGAGCUAAGGUGCGUUUUCGUAGUAAUUGGUGAAUCUAGUACUGGGCAUUAUCGUCCAUAAAUGAUUAAGGGCGAAACCGUUAUCGUUACGGUUCUGUUGUCACCUAUCGUGUGUGCGCGAGGUGCCUUUACUGUGCUUUCACUUGUUGCCAAACUGCUGAUUGUGUGUCAUUGUGGGUAAGAACGACGCUUAUUGUACAAGAUAACGCUGCCAAUGAUCGUCGAAUUUACCAAAUAUAACAUUUUUUGUACCAGAA